GCUCCAGCUAUUUUGCGCGUGCUGCCACAGACGAGGUUGCGGAGCCUUUCGGCGCCGUCCCAGAUACCUCCCGUUCGCCAUGGCGCCCAGCUCGCGUGCCCUGCUCGUCGCUGGGUGCGCGGCCGUGGCCGCGGCGGAGACCGUGAAGUUUUCCGACUACGACCUCGGGGCAGAGUUCACCAAGUGCGUCAAGAUCUCGGAUUGGAACACGAUGGGAGUCGACGACGAGGUGGAGGUCGCGGAUUACGGCGAUGAUGGAUGCUGCCCGACCGAUUACACCCCGGGCGUCGCGCUUGGAUCUGGCACGGAGUACCACAAGGGCGUGGUGCGGUGCGGCUUGAACGAUGAUGGAUCGCGGUCUGGCAUGAGCACGGGCACGACCUGCGAUUACGGCAAAUGCUUCGUGGUAAACCCCGCUUUUACGUGCUCGGACGCGGACAGCUCCAAGAUGACCUUGGGCGGCUGUUGCCCGACGACGAGCGACUACGGGGACGACUGCUACGGCUACUCCAAGUCCACCUCGAACAGCGUGGAAUACUGUUCCACUUACAAGGUCGUGGGCUUCAGCUGGGAGACCCUCGGCUCCUCCGCGACGGACGACGACAUCGCGGACGGCGCGCUCGCCUGGGGCACGGCGGUGGGCGGCUCGGGCGUCUACAACUACGGCCUCUGCGGCUCGUCCGGCGGGUUGCCGGCGCCUGCCAGCCUCGCGCGGCGCAGCGCCGCCCUUGCCGGCCUCUCUGCGCUUCCCGGCCUCGCCGCGGCAGCGCUGGCGGCGCACGCGGCGUGAGGCAGCCAGCGUUUCUAUACAUACAUUUUUGUCGUACCAGGCAGCGCAUCGGAG